GGUACCUGUCAGGCACCAGACCAGGGCUGUUUUGGGGCAGGUUAUGUACCUACCUACCUACCUACCUAGAGGAGGUACCUAAGGUAUACUCAUACAGCCCACCACCCCACUGAGUGCUAUCUGCUGGCGGUUCUUAAGUCCGGCCUAAAAGCCGACACACAUACACGUAAGGUGACAUUGAUUACCUAUUGGCCUGCUCUUCAUCCGGUGGGUGGGUAAUCCGUUAGGAUGACCUUUCAUUCACCUCCCACAUCAGACACCCCGCCAAAGCGCAACUUAUCGGAGCCAAGCUCUCUCUCUACCCGCCAACUCCCGGCCUAACUUCCUACCUACCUAUAUCACCAUCCUCUAGAUGAGCGAAACAACGAAGACUACCGAGUAGCGCUGUUAGGAAUCGAACCUAUCCUUCGUUAAGUAACCUACUGAUCUCCGCCCUCACCUCGUCACCCCCACCGUUGGACCGGCGAACAGAUUACCUUCCAGCCUACGCACUAUGAGCGGGUCGGGGUCUGCGUACGAGGACGCGGCGGGGCUUUAUCCGGAUAUCUUCGUCGACGCGGAGGAUCACGACGAGGAUGAAGAGGAUGAGGACCAUGAUCCCGACUACGAGGAAGACGACGACGACGACGAGGAAGAAGAAGAAGAAGAAUUAGACGAGGAUGACAUGAGCCACGACCUGUUUGGCGACGAGGAUGAGUUCCACGACGCCGAGGAAGGCGACAUUCAAUUCAUCGUUCAUGUAGAAGAUGAUGACGACGGCGACGCCGGCAGCAGGGAGCGUUCGCGAUCGCCUGGCCCUCAACACGCUGAUAUGCAGCAGCGCCUUAUUGAUUUAAUAAGUGCAGGCCGCAACACCGGCUUAUUGUCGCGGCGUCAGGUCCUUGACUUCCUCCGGAGGUCUAACCUCGGGCAGGCGGUGUUGAGCAAUGCCGACGGCGAUGCCCGCCAGAUCUUUUACAGAAGAUCGCACCCUCAGCCAGACCCGCAUAAGUUCCCCAAGGUUCCGAGCGAAAAGGGGAGAGAGCUCAUGAACUCCGGCGCCUUCGGCGCGAACGACAUAGCGAGCCCUAUACGGUCCAAGAAGCAAUUAGCCCGUCGGAUUUUGGACCGCGAGCUGGGAAUAGGGGAUAGGACCGGCCGCCGAAUCAAUCAAGCCAUGAUGGCACAGUCGAUGAUCCCCAGUUCGGACGCAGAGAUGGUUAUCAAUUACGACGACAAUGUCUACUCCGGCCAGUUCUCGGACGAUGGUAAUUUCUUCUUUGCCUGCGUGAAGGACAUGAAGGUCCGCAUGUACGACACUUCUAAUCCUUAUGACUGGAGGCAUUACAAGACGGUUUCUUUCUCGUUCGGGUCUUGGACAUUGACGGAUGCGUCCUUGAGCCCCGAUAACAAAUGGCUAGCCUACACUUCGAUCCAACCCAAUGUCUGUUUGGCACCGACCGACCCCAACGACACAGGUGACCCUUACAUCUUGAAUUUAGCCCAGCGCAACGUGGGCUGGAGCGGUAGAUUCGGCAUCUUCUCCAUUCGGUUCUCCGGUGACGGACGGGAAUUAGUUGCCGGAACCAACACCAACUCCAUAGUGGUUUACGACAUAGAAUCCCGAAGCGUCUUGCAUACCAUCAGCGGCCACGAGGACGACGUCAACGCCGUUUGUUUCGCCGACAAGUCCUCUCCGCACAUCCUCUACUCGGGCAGUGACGAUGCCACGAUCAAGGUCUGGGACCGUCGUAGCAUGGGCGAUCGCCGGGAAGCCGGCGCCUUCAUCGGCCACAUCGAGGGUCUCACGUACAUUGAUAGCAAAGAUGAUGGUCGUUAUCUCCUCAGUAACGGUAAGGAUCAGAGCAUGAAGCUCUGGGAUCUCAAGAUGAUGUACUCGACAGCACGUUGCGCAGAGCUCAACCCCAGACAAUACACUCGAUCUCGCGACUUUGAUUACCGAUGGGACAUGUACGACGAGAACCACUGGUUCCCACAUCCGAACGACAACUCGGUAGUUACUUUCCGGGGCCACCAGGUCCUUUGCACGCUCAUUCGCUGUCACUUCUCGCCGCCUAGCAGCACGAACUCCCGUUACGUGUACUCGGGCAGCCACGACGGCAAGGUUUACGUCUACAACCUAGACGCGACCAUAGCAAGCGUCAUCGACGUUAAGGCCUCGUCGUCUCGAUCGAGACCGCAACCUACCCCAUAUCGCCGCUACAACCGCUCGCGCGACCGCGGCGAGUGGACCACGGUCGUUAGGGAUGCGAGCUGGCAUCCUACUGCGCCUUUCAUUGCCGCCUCGUCCUUGAAUGGGUGGGACACCGCCUACGGCACGGUCACGCUGCACUCGUACAACGAGUCUUCGCGCGAUGAGGGAGAGCCCCGGAUGGGGACCGGAUACGACGAGAAACUCCGACGCAUGAGAGAGGGUACGAGGGGCGCCAACAGAGAGUCAGACGACGAGGAAAUCGACUUCUAGACAUCGGCGACGCAAAGGGCUUACGAGCGCGAGCGCGAGCACACACACACACACACACACAUGUACACAACCUCAUCGCGAUUUCUCGAACGACGGAGCGGACUUGAGAUACGAGAUACUCUAGGGCGUAACAAAGGGGUUUGGGGAAAAGGCGCUCGAGG